UGAUGUGUUUCAUUUUAAUUUCACAAUUUCAUGAUAAAAUACUAGUGUAUGCUAUAAAAAGAUUCCAUUCAUCUUAAUCUACAUUUCAGUCGAUAUGUCUGAAGCAUCUGAUCAUUCUAUUAUAAACAGUAUUAGAGGGCAGAGUAUUUUGUGUUGUUUCACCAUUUUAUAUUCACUUUAAAAAGGCUUUUGAAUCUCUCUCGAUUUUAACUGAGGUAUUUGAAUUUUUGUUGUUUUUGUUCCGCGACCCUAAUCAGGAUAAGCGAUUGGAAAAAAACAAUUGGAUGCAUUUUUAUAGUAUUGUCUGAAUUCGCCUGAAACUUGAAGAGCUGUACUUUUUCGCCGACAGAGGUCGGUAGAGUGCCAUCCAGAGAGCAGCUGCCUUGAAUGACUGGACAUGUGUCAAAGUCGCCCAUUAAACCAGCGUUACAUCCACAGUCUCAGUGCUGAUCUCUGGAUGCCACAGAGCAUCUGGGUUUGUUCCAACUGACUUCUUAAUUAAUUAGCCAUAACUGAUGUGUUUUUACUUUUCUUUCUGACCUUUAUUUACAGAGGUGGAAAGUUCAGGUUCAGAAAAUACAAAUUCAGACCAAGAUUUUGUUCCAGCUAACCAGCUGAGUACUCUGUGACUCCCUAUACUGAACACGUUGGCAAACGUUAUUGUUUCAAAUUUUAUUUGUGGGGACCCCUUUCUUCUCAGCAAAUUAAUCAUGGGGGGGUGUGUUUCUUCUGGGGCUAAGCCCCCCUAAGGGCCAAAUCCUAGAAUCACCCCUAACCCAGGCAAAAAAGACGCAAAGGCUUCCCUAGGGUUUUCUGCAGAAGGUGGAAUAUUUUAGCACAUUCUCCUUCUGGGGAUAUAAUUUAAAUCACAGAUAAACAAUGCCAGCUUUUUAUAAACUUUAUUUUGUAAAGGAUAGUGGAGGGGGUGUGUACAUCCAAGGAGAGGGGAAAUUCACAUGCUGAAUACAUUUGUUCACUUCACCUGUGCCAUGUUUUUAAUAAGUACAUCAACAAAUAAAAGUAUUCACUGAUGAGCCAUUCUCAUAGCCCCAUACACAGCAGGGCUCAAUGCACUGGCCAUCAUGAUACAUCACUCCCGUGACCAUCACCAAAAUACUGUGCUACAGUAGCCCUUCUGUUGGUUUGUACCAGACAGGAGAGCCUUCAUUCACAUCUUACAUCGAUGAGUCUUGGCUGUCCAACACUCUUUCGGCGGUUCGAGUUUGUCCCUCCUCAGACUGCUCUCAGCUUCUGGGCCCUCCGCGCUCAGCAUCCAUGCCUUACGUCUUGGCCCAGGGCAGGAGAUCCUCAGCUCUUUGGUCUCAUUUGUGGAGGAGAGGAGGAUGAAGGCCCCAUUCAUCCUUACAUGUGUGGGCAGCGUUACUAAGGCGAUGCUCCGGUUGGCAAAUGCCAGUGCAAGGAACACCAAUGAGGUGAUCCGCCUGGAGGGCCCCUUCGAGAUUGUCUCUCUGGUCGGCACUCUGAACAAGGAGGCCCACCUGCACAUCUGCCUGGCAGACAGAACGGGAGCCACUGUGGGCGGCCACGUGCUGGGGGAUCUGCAGGUCUUCACCACGGCAGAGAUCGUCCUGGGCGAGGCAGCUGACCUGCAGUUCAGCCGGGAGAUGGACGACCGCACGGGCUUUCCGGAGCUGGUGGUCACGUCCUGCAUGGACCGGGCCUGAGCAUCUCUCUUUGUGUCCCAUGGAGCAGAGUGGGUAAACUGAGUGACCUUUUCACAGCCUGCCUGCUCCAUCUGACUUUUGCUAUUUUGACUGCCCUUCUUUGAUUUGUCUCAUGAAAGGGUGUAUCAUUCACAAACAGUACAUGUUAGAAUCUCUUUAAUUAAAAUGGUGAGUAUUUGCCCAAGCUGGGCUGUGCUCAGAGAGUCCGAGAGUACACAUGCACUGCAACUGCUACUGGAAAGAUAUUGAAAGACAAAUAAAUACUGAAAUACUA